AUGGCGGGACAGUUGUCAGAUAAGUACAUGGGUCAGCUAGAGUCCUGGAUUGGUACGGGACCCAAGAUCUUCACCCUUCUCUACCAAAUAACCAGGGACGGGUGUAACGCUACAACAUUCCACCAGAAGUGUGACAAUCAGGGACCCACUGUGACGGUGCUGUACAACCAACAAGGAUCGGUGUAUCGGGGGUAUGGGAGUUUGAACUGGAACAGCAGCAGCUCGAAUAUAAAAGAUGCAAACGCGUUUAUCUUUCAACUAAGGUAUUCCGGCAGCGAUAAACCAACCAAGUUUGCAAUAAUAGAUAAGCAUACACAAUAUGGUUUGAAUGGACAUCCUACAUACGGACCAACGUUUGGUGGUGGACAUGAUCUACAAGCAUUCACUGGUACAGUGAACAGCUCUGGUGUUUUUUUCGCUUUAAACGGCUACAUGAAUGCACAUUCCUUCGACUACCAAGGCCUUACUGUCGACAAAAUAAACAAUUGCAACUUGCAAGUGACCGAACUAGAGGUAUACGCCAUAACAGAUGGCCAACGGAAGCAGUCGCCAGUUCUACAAACUUGGAGGAAACACCCAGAAUGGAACGAAAAGACGCUUACCGAGGAAAUCGCAUCGUUCAAACCUUCCGGCGAGUUGGGACUCUCAGAUGUUCGUAUCCUGAUGCUGGGCCCAGUGGGGACGGGCAAGUCCAGCUUCUACAAUACUAUUAACUCAGUGUUCAAGGGUCGCAUCACCCAAAGAGCGCCGAGUGGAAUCGGUACCCAAAGCAUAACAACUGCGUACACCCCAUAUGAAGUGAAGGCGCGUUCUGGAGCAUCGUUGAAUUUCCGGUUCUGCGACACACGUGGUUUGGAGGUCCCUCAAGGUCUUAAUAAUCUGGAAUGCAACUACUUGCUAGAUGGGAACAUUUCUGACUUUUACGAGUGUCAGUUUACUCGACAGUUUAACCCACCCACGCCCAUUUGCCCUGAGAAUCCCGGUUUUGUGCACAAACCAAAUCUAAAGGAGAAGAUUCUUUGCGUUCUGUUUGUGAUCGACGCUGCAACUAUUGACGAAAUUCCUCCAAAAUUGGUGGAAAAGAUGAACAGCUUUCAGCGGAUCGCAAAUCGCAAAGGUAUACCAAGAGCGGUUCUGCUCACAAAAGUCGACCUGGCCUGUAAGAAUGUUGCAAGUAACAUCACCAAUGUGUUUAUCAGUAAGAAAAUUGAGGGCGCUGUGGACAAGGUAUCCGGUCUUCUUGGGUUACCUAAAAACAACAUUUUUCCGGUGAAGAACUACGAGAAUGAGAUGCAGUUGGAUGACAACAUCAGAAUCCUGGCUCUGCUUGCACUGCGGCAGCUACUCUACUUUGCAGAGGAUUACGUUGAGAAUCUGCAGGAAAAGAUAAACGGACGGAAUGUCUCAACAGAGAAGCUGCACAAACUCUAG